AUGACUGCAUCCAAUUACAAAUCUGACAGUGCCAAUCUCGCUAAAUACCUUUCCCUUAAUCAAUUCGGUAAAAUCCAAGCGGAAUACGUUUGGAUUGAUGGUGAUAGUGGACUUCGUUCCAAAACUACUACACUCGAUAAGUCACCUACUGACGUUUCUGAAUUGAAAGAAUGGAAUUUUGACGGUUCUUCCACUAAUCAAGCUCCGGGUGAUAACUCUGAUGUCUUACUUCGUCCCGCCGCUUUCUUCCGUGAUCCUUUCCGUAAAGGAGAUAACAUCAUCGUCCUCUGUGAAACUUAUAAUAAUGAUGGAACUCCCCAUAGAACAAAUUAUCGUCACGAAUGUGCUAAAAUCAUGGCAGCGCAUGCUGACGCCGAACCUUGGUUUGGAAUUGAACAAGAAUAUACUUUAUUCGAUCAAGAUGGUCAAGUACUUGGUUGGCCAAAAGGUGGUUACCCUGGUCCUCAAGGUCCUUAUUAUUGUUCAGUUGGGGCUAAUGUUGCUUUCGGACGUGACGUUGUUGAAGCUCAUUAUCGUGCUUGUCUUUACGCUGGUGUUAAAAUUUCCGGAAUCAAUGCUGAAGUUAUGCCUGGUAUUGACAUGGGAGAUCACCUUUGGAUGGCAAGAUUCUUAUUACAUCGUGUAGCCGAAGAUUUUGGUAUCGUGGUAUCAUUCCAUCCUAAACCAAUUAAAGGUGAUUGGAAUGGAGCGGGUUGUCAUACCAAUUAUUCAACCGCUGCCAUGCGAGCUGAAGGAGGUAUUAAAGCUAUUUAUGAAGCAAUUGAAAGAUUAUCGACUCGUCAUUUAGAACAUAUCGCAGUUUAUGGUGAAGACAAUGAUCAACGUCUUACCGGUAAACACGAAACUGGUCACAUUUCACAAUUCUCUUCUGGUGUAGCUAAUCGUGGAGCUUCUAUUCGUAUCCCUCGACAUGUGGCUGCUGAAGGAAAAGGAUAUAUGGAAGAUCGUCGUCCAGCUUCUAAUAUAGACCCUUACCGUGUAACUCAUAUCUUUGUUGAAACCACUAGUCCAUAA